AUGUAUUUAGUAAAUAUACAAAAAUUAUUUCUUAUUAUUUAUCUCCAAAUUUAAGCUAUUAGAUCUUUAGCUUAAAACCUUAUAAUACAGUUUAAAUUGUCUCUACUCAAAAUAAUAAGGUCCUAUAAGAAGUAGUUACUGGUGCAUACAUACCAUAUUUCAUUAGCUAUGACAACAAAGUAUUUAUUCUCAGCUUUACUUACACUUUAUCAUUCUAUGAUGGAGAUACAAAUUAGCUUAUACUAUUUCAAAACGAGUACUAUGGGUAGAGCUUGUAGACCCUUUUACAUAAAUAAAAUUAGAUAAUAUUUAUAAAUACCAAGAUCUCUCUUACAAUUAGUUUAGAGGAUCCAAAUCUUUAAUUAUAGUAGAGUGAUAAAAUACCAGAAGAUAAUAGCAUAAAUUGUUAUUGAUUUCUUACAACCUAUUUAGCUAACUCCUUAAAAUUACAGGUACUAUUAUAUGUACGAUAACAAAGGAUUUUAUUAUCCAUAUUAAAAAUAUAUGGUAAUAGUUGUUGGAUAUCAUCUUGCUUUAAUUAGAUCAUCUAAUUUUGAAAUUCUUUUUCAUUACGUGUCUUAAUAAUUAUUUAUGAAUCUUGCUUACGAUAUAGAAUUAGGAUAUAUGGCUUUUAUAGAUAACUUUUAAGAUUGCAUAUUCAACUUAAAAGCUAUUUCUUUAAAUUGCAUCACUAACAAUUACCCAUUUAAUGUAUAAUUCUUAUAUGGGACUAUUAUUUAAAGACAAAAAUAGUUGGUCAUCUUUUAUAGUUAAUAUAGCUUUAGAGUGUACUCUUUAAUAGAAUAAAUUUAUAAGUUUGUUAAAUAUUCAGCAAACUUUUUACCUUAUUCUAUUUAUUAUAAUGGCUAUGGUAGCAAUAUAAUUAUUGGAGAUUAUCAAAGUUAAAGUUUUAAAAUACUUAAUUUAGAUUCAUAUAAAUUGUUGUAGACAUCUUUCCCAGCAUUUAAUACUUAAACUCUUGAAAAUCUUUUUAAGUUUUAUUUUUUGUCUGACCAAAUAUAAGUGAUGCUAUUUUCUUCUUACAGUAAUUCUGUCGUAAUAUAUAACAUAAAUACUCAAGUGAGUAUGUAAACUAUCUAAUUAUAGUAUUAAUAUAAUUAUCAAAGUCAAAUAGUUGUCGAUGAAAUUCUUGAUCUGGUUAUGCUAAUUGAUAAUCAAAACUAAAUUGAAAUUAUUUCUUAUGAUACCAAUUAAAUUGUUAAAAUAUUUUAAUUAGAUAAGGUAUAAAAUGACUCAAAUGCCUACUAAAAAUUAUUGAUUUGGGAUCAUAUAAAGAGAAAACUUUUUGCAAGCUCAAACAACAUAUUUUAUAUCUUUGAUUAUGAUGAGAACAUUUUUAUUUGCAAAUACCAAUUUUAGCUUCCAAUAUUUGAUAUUUACAUCAGCUUUAAUAAAAAUUAAAUAUUUGUUACAGACUAUUUGAAUUUAAAAGUUUUUGAUUACUCUAUCUUAGAGUUUAACUAAAAUUAAUUAUUACCUUAUAGUACUAUACCAAAUCUAUUAUAGAUUAAUUAAAACCAAUAUAUUUUAUUUGAUAAUAGUCAAUCAACUCUUAAAAAUAUAGUCAAUGGUCAAGUAAAGGAUGUUAAAUAAUUUUUGCAACUAAAUCCUUCAUACUUUUACUUCAAUUAUUACAAUAAAAAUGACUCCUAAAUUUAUGUAAUAAUAUUUAAUUAACUAUUAAUCUACAAUAUAACUUCUUCUAGAAUAACUCCUAUAUUUUCUUAACUGCUUGAUUCUUAAAUAGUUACUUUUAUCAAUGACUCUGAUUUCCAAAUCCUUUUUUUGACUUAAAAGUAGUCUUUAUAUUCUCUUUAAAAGAAUCAAACCAAUCCAUAACUCUCUAUACUAAUGUAUAUAUCAACAGGAGUAGGUCAAUUUAUUAUGAUUGAUGAUUCCUACUUAAUAUACAGCUCAACAGCAAACACAAACUUAUGGUAUAAGAUAAUAUUUUAAUACUCCUAGUCUCUUUCUACUUAAAUUAAAAUUGAAUAGCUUUAAUUUAAAUUAGAAUAAAAUGAUAGUAUUAAAAAGCUUGUUAGAAUAAACAAUACUUUGAACAUCAUAAUAUUAACAAAUUAAUGUAUAUAAUUAAUAAAUAUUUAGACAGGAGAUAUUUUGUAAAUCUCUCAAUUAGAUUUCUAAAACCAAUAAUCUUAAAUCUACUUUGAUCCUCUUUAUUAAAGGAUUUACUAUACAGAUAGAAUUGUAGGAGUUAAUGUAUAUGAUCUAAAAAUGCAAACUGUUAAAUAGAAUUUACCGUCUUCAGGUAUAAAAUUAAAAAUUGAAGGCUCUUUCAUAUUUAUGCUUUCAUAAAACUCUGUAAGUAUAUAUUUAAGAUAAGAUCUCAAAUUAUUCUAACUAAUUAGAAAUUUUAACAGCACCCAAUCGCUAAUAGAUAUUGAGUACACUGGAUUUAAAAAUAUUUUUGUUUUAUAUUUCGACAAUUCAAUUAGUUUCUAUAAUGCUAACCCUUUUUCUUAACCUAAAUUAAUUGAUUAUUUACAAAUAUAAAAUUAUAAGGUUUUAUCAUCCUAAUUAAAAUUUCAAAAUUCUUCAUAUUUAAUUGUUGAUAUGAUGAUUAUAACUAUAGAAAAUACUUUAUAAUACACCGCUGAGCUAAAUAUUGGCUCUUUUUCAAAUAAUAUUUGCUCUGCAUAGUUACAAAUACGAACAGAUUAAAAUGAUUUAAUAACAAAAAAUUAAUAAAUUGAUUAUUUGAAUUUAUUAUCUCUAAAAUAACUCUUAAUUUAGAAUAUUAUUUAUAGCAUGUACAUAAAUAAUGGUGAAUAAACUGAUUUAAAGUAUCCUUUUGUUAGCUCUAGCUCUGUGACAAACUAGUACUCGCUAAACAUUUAAGCUAUAAACAAUAAUAGUAUUUAUCUAAAUACUCAAAAUAGUUCAGAUUAAAAUAUCGUAGAGUUGAAACUAUAAAACCUAAAAAUUUCCCUUAAAAACUUAAAUAAAACUCAGUUUUUGUUUGGAAAUCAAACAUUUAAAAAACUAGUAAGAGUGUUUUUAAUUGACAUAGAAUUAUCAGAUUUUGGUAAUAAUCAGCUAUAAUUUGAAGGCAUCAAUCAUCUUUUUAUCUAAAAUUUAGUGAUUAAAGGAGAAUAAAUUCAACAGAUUAACUAAUAGAUUAUACUUUUCUAAUAUAUUGAUAUAGUUGUAAUACAGGACAUUAGUUUUAUGAAUUGCCAAUUUAAUAAUACAAUUAAUUUACUUAAAUUUAGUAAUAUAAACUAAUUGACCAUAAAUAAUUUGAACAUCAACCAUAAUAUUAUACAUUCAAGCUUUAAACAAAACUCGAUGAUAAAUAUCUCAUAAGUAAACUUAAUUACAAUAAAUAAUACUAACCUUUUUGAGAAUAUAUUUUAAAAUGUUUAAAUAUUCAAAAUAACAGAUGUUACUUCAAUUAGUAUUUGCAACAUGAAAUCAUCUUAAAAUUAAAUAAUAAUAAAUUAAAACGUGGACUUUUAAGGUAUUAUUUUCUAAAUUGAAGCAACUCCAUAUGUUAAUUUCAUUAAAAUUCAAUUUAAUGUUCUUAAAUUUAACUCACUCUCAUCCAUUUCUUUACUGAAAUUUUCUAAUGUAAAUCGAACUUUACUAUUUAAUGAUUUUUAUUUAGCAAAUUUUAAAUUAGAAAACUCUUAAAAUAGCUCAAUUAAUUGCUAACAAUAUUUCAUUUUAGAAUGUGAGGGAAUACUGAAUUCGAAUUUCUCAAAUAUUCAGAUAAAAAAUUCAAGUAUGCUAGGAUUUAUUAAUUUACAUGACUUAAAAAAUGAUAAUGGAGUUAAUAUUUAAAAUAAAAUAUCAACAUACUACAACUAUUAGCACUCUCUUUCUGUAACAAAUCAACUAAUGAUACUUAAUGCAUAAUAAUUAACAAUAACAAAUUCUAAUUUUACAUCUAUCUCUAGCAUAAAUUCAGAAGCUGGCUUUAUUUAAAUUUAAGUAAGCUAAAGCUUUAUUUUAGAUGCAAUCUAAAUUUAAAAAGUUGAUCUUAAGUAAAAUAGUUUUAUUUACAUAUCUCAAAGCCCUUACAUAGUUAUUUAAAAUGUUGAUACAAAAAAUAUAGAGACUAAUAGCAUCGCAAGUGUUUUUUAUAUGUUACAAAUAUCAAGGCUAAUAAUGAAAAAUAAUAAUUUUAUCAUGAACCUAUCUUAUCUUGAUGGAGGAGCUAUUUAUUUAAACUAAAUAUCAGAAAUAAUCUUUUUAGGUAACAUAUUUUAGUAAAACCAAUCAAAAACAGGAAAUGGGGGAUCUAUUUAUUGCUUCAGUAGCAUAUUUUCUUAGUUUCAUGGUAAUGCUUUCUUUUAAAAUUCUUGUAAAUAAGGCUCAGGUGGAGCGUUAUUGUUGAAUAAUUGUGAUAUUUAAAACAUGACAAAUAAUAUUUUCAAAUAAAAUUCUGCUCUAAUAGGAGGUGCUUUUAGAUAUUAAGGCAUAUAACCUUAUGUCUUAUAAAAAAUAAAUGUGAGCAGAAAGAAAUUUACCUAAAAUUAAAAUUCUUUUAUUAAAAACUAUGCAUAAUUAUAUGGAAAAAAUAUAGGUUCCUAUCCAUUUUUUUUGGAUGUUAAAAAUUAAAUAUAAGAUGACUUAAAGAUCUAAAAUGCUAAAUUAGAAAAUUUAUAAAGUGGUAGCACAUCUUCUCCUAUAUUAAUGAGAUUAAUUGAUGAAGAAAUGAGAGAAGUUAGUUUUUUUAAAAAUACAAUAUCAAUAAAUUAAGAAAUUCUGAUUGAAUUUGGUAGCUAUUUACUUGAAUUGUAAAGUUAAGAAGUUGGGCUUUAUGGUGAUCUCAGAUAGAAUUAUAAUUUUGAUUAAUUUGGUUUCAUUUUUAAUGUAUCCUAUUCUUAUAAGCCUAAUGCUAACUCCUCUAUUGUAGUUAAAACAAUUAACCCUAUCCCUAUUUUAAAUACCACAACUUUUAAAUUCGACUAUCAAGAGCUAAGUAUUUCUAUUGAUGUUAACUUUAGGAAGUGUUAGUAAGGAGAAAUUUUACAAACUUUGUAGAAGUAUAUAAUAUGUUUUACUUGCUAAUAAGGUGAUUAUUGUUUACAAGAUCCAAAUUAAUUUGAAAAUUUGCAGUGUCUCAAAUGCCCAAUAGGUUCUAAAAAUUGUUAUUCAAAUACCAUACAAUUAUAAAAUGGGUAUUGGAGUAAGAAUUAGCAUUCAGACUAAAUUUAUUAAUGUAUUAACCCGUAAAUUUGUAUCCCUGAAAAUCCUACAAAUAAGUUUGGAUGCUCUAUAGGACAUAUAGGAGCUAUUUGUGAAUCUUGUGAUUCUUAAGGAAUUGUUUGGGGAUUAAAAUAUGGAAGAAGUAAUGGCCGAAUUUAAUGCUAAUAAUGCACUAAGAAGAAUUCAACUUACUCUAUUUUAUUUCUAUUAUUGCUAUUGAUAAUAAUUUGUGCUUAUUUAAUCAUCUAAAUUUAAAAAUAGCUGAUAUUAAUAUAAAAAAAAAUGAAAUGGUUUUAUUUGAGAAAACUUAAAAUAAUUAUACUAUAAAAUCAAAACAUAAGUAGUGCUUCUUCUUACUUUAAAAUACUUAUCAACUAUUUAUAGUUUCUAGCAUUAAUAAAUAAUUUAGGCAUAUAGACUUAAUAAUUUAUCUCUGUUGCUGAAGUUGGAGGUGGUGAUCCUGUAUAGCAUACAGUUUAUAAUUUAGAUUGUAUAUUUAGUAGCUAUGAUAUCUAAAUUCCUUUAUAUGCUAUGAGAGUUAUAUUUAUUAAUUUCUAAAUAAUUGCCAUUUAUUUGUUGAUCCAGUUAGUAAAAUCCUUCACAAACAUGUUUAAGAUGAUAGAUGACUUUUCAUUUUUGAUUUCUUCUUUCAUAUUAAUAUACUUAUUCUUUAGUUCUUCCAUAAUUAAAGUAUUGAUAUAGUCUUCCUCUUGCAGAGAUAUGGGAGGCAAUCUAUAUAUUAUUGCUGAAAUGCAGGAUGAAUGCUAUACUUAAAAACACAUUGAAAUAUUACUAUUUUUAAUAGGUCCAUUACUUUUAAUAUGGUUCAUUUUAAUCCCUGCAUCAUUUUACAUUAGUUUGUACAGAAAUAGAUAAAAAUUACAAAGCUUGCUUUAUAUGAAGAAGUAUGGUCUUUUAUACUAAGAAUAUAAAGAAAAAUCUUAUUAUUGGGAUUUAGCUAGAAACCAAACAAGAGCAUCUCUUGUUAUAUUUCUAAAUUUAAUUAGGGUUUCACCAUAGCUAAAAGCUUCGUUCUUAUUAUUUUUUAAGUUUAUUUUUCUAAUAUUUUUGAUAAAAGUAAGUCCUUAUUAAAGAUAGUAGUUAAAUAAUAUUGAUUAACUAUCUUGCAAAUUAGUUAUAAUGAGUAUAUUCAUAAUAUAAAUGAUAUUACUUACAGAUAAUCUAUUAUUUUAAUAAAUAUUGUAAAUUAUGUUAAUUGUCUUAAAUAUGAGUUUCCUAGCAAUCUUGUUCUUAUUAAUAGUAUUAAGACCUAUUCCUUAUCAUAAAAAUAACUAAAAUAUCAUAUAAAAAUUAUUAAUUUUUAUAUCCAAAUAAAUUCCAAACUCCAUUUAUUAACUUACUUAUUAAAAAUAGAUAAAUUUAUUAAGAAUAAAUUUUCUAUGGAAAUUAGUCUAAAGGUCUUUAAGGUAAGUUAUUGGCAUGGAAGCAAAUUUUAAGAGCUAAAAAUGGUAUCUGCAAUCAAAACUGAGCGAGUAACAUAAUUAAUUUAAAGUUAGAAAGUCAAGGAUGAGCUAACAACUAAAAACUCAUUUUUAUAAAUAGGCGCUAGAGAUUUGCAAUUAAGAUAAAAAACUAAAAUGA